UGCUCCUGUUCUGAAACGGCGGCCACGCAGAUCCUUGGUCAGAAUGGAAGCGAGGAAUGACAGAUUUGCAUCCUCAAAGAUCCUGAUCCGCUUUCACCAUCAGACCUCGGGAUGCCGAACACCACCGCUCCUUCCCCUCCCCCGUCACCCCGUUUCCUGUCAUGGCUGGGCGUGCUGGGUACUCAGCCCCGGCUCUGAAUGGCCGUCAAAUCCGGGAGACCCACUACGGAUCGGCGAUGGUUGCGCUGUUAGGCGCCGUUGCCCGGCCCUGGGCUGUUUCAUGUCUGUGGUCCCCCAGGCUCCCCGGGCUUGAAUAUGACGUCCUUUGGGAACAGGGCUUCGUGCCAUGGACCCUUUAUUCCCAUUUCGUCACCCGCACGACCAAAGCCAGCGAUAUUUUGGGUACUGGCCCAAUAGGAACCAGAUUUAUCCGUCCAUCGGGCAAUCCGGGCGAAAAGCCCAAGGGCUCCGCUCCUCGCCGCCGCCCGCCUGCCGCCCGCCGCCGCUGGAUGACGGCAAUUGGGUAAGAGAGAACAUCAUCCCCUCACUCUCCCCCUCUGACGGCUUCGGCACCGACUCUUCCCCCCUUCUCCUCCCUCCUCCUCUCCCUCCGUCAGCGAGAGCUCCUUCCCCAUGCACGCAUACAUUGCACAUGCCUUGGCGGCUUGGUGCGCGAACUCGGCCAUCCCACGACAGGACCCCAAAUGUAAUAGCAUCGCGAAGAGUUCACCCGCUCUGCGACCCGACGCGGAACCACAGCCUGCUUUCAGCUAGCCCGGGCCUCUGGAACCGAUCUUCGCGCAUUUUUUUUUCGGUGUUGAAUCCCCGCGUCGCGCGGGGUGCCUGGUAGGGUCUGGUAGGGACAUUCUGCUGUCGCAGCGGCCCCGGGGAUGAGCGGGAUGGUGCCGGGCCGCAAAGUAGACUACAUAAGGGUACUGGCCACAAUCGUCGCCACACGGCAACCUCCACGGGAGGGGCCGUUGCGUGCGCGCGCCAUCGAAACGUCUGCAGGUUGCAGGCGCAUCUUUCUUUUUACCCCUCUAUCCAACAGAGCCCGGGGUGAGUUGAAAAGGGAAGCUGGAUCGAAAGUGAUCUCUUGCAACCUCGCGGAACCUCCCCCAGGUUCCGCCCGUGCCAGCCACGCAGGAAAUAUGCAAAGCAACUCAACAUCUCAGGAGGCCAGCCGCCCCGACCCAUGAAUGGAACUUGAUCGUUUUUCUGUUGAUCCCCCUCUCCCCUCCCCCCACGGCAGUUGCAAUGGUUCAAACCGCGGAUCGGUGCCGGUGCCGGCCUCUGCCGCGCAUGAGCUGAUAUCAGCUCGCAAGACGAGCUCAACAAGUCGCCGAUCGGCCUCUCACGCACCAUGUCGAACGUCAGACCGGGGCGAUGAUAGAGUUCCGGUUGCAAUGCUCCCUCCCUCCAGCGUAAUCAUUCGCGACACUCUGUGGGCUUCAAGCACGCCACGAUAUCUCGCCCAUGAUGACGUUAUCGAGUUGCUUGAAGGGGCCUUUGGAACCCUCGGAUUCCUCCCUCGCAGCAGGACUGCACCAGGCCGGAGAGGGGUUUCCAGCACGUUGAGGAAGCAUCGCGAGGAGUUGCAUCGGCACCCUUCAAUUGG